AUGUCUAGCGAUGCAGAAAAGAGGCUACUGUCUUCCAUCCUCAAUCAAGUCAACUUUGGCCAUAUUAACUGGGACAAAGUUGCGAAGGAUGUCAAUGUCUCCACCAAGUCAGCAGCCCAGAUGAGGUGGACACGUUUUAAAAAAACACUAUCCACCUGCAACCAGGAAUCAAAUGGAAACGGCACUGCCUCUCCGGCAGCAACGCCAAAGAAAAGACAAUCACCAAAGAAAAGCAAAGCUCCCAAAGGAAGUCCCAAGAAGAAGCAAAAGCGUACGAAAUCUGGAAUAUACAGCGAUGAUGAAGACGAAGAAGUCCAGCUUGAAAAUGAUGACAAGGAGGAGAAUAAGAAAAUUACCCCUGAGACACCUGCACGAAGUCUUCCAAGCAGGAAGGCCAAAACCAGGUCCCCGAUUAAGGAGGUGAGCACAACUGAUGGCUAGCUAUGUUUUGGAUGCUUCAUAACCUGAUUGGUUACUAACCAAACUUUUAGGCACUCACGAGCGAUGAAGAGGAGGACGAGAUCAAUGUUGAAGUCAAGGAUAGAGAGCAAAUUGAGAAUGGUGAGACUCAGGGAACUGAAUUCACCGAGGAAACUAUGGCGAAUGUGGUCGACUCCGGAUCUGACUUUGAUGGAGAUGUGGAAGAAGCAUGA